AUGCUAGGAGUAUCCCGUUUCACGCAAGUGAGGGACGGGAUUCGAAGUUCUCUCCUACGUCAGCGAUCGAAGAUUAGAGACGCCGCCGCGUUUGCCAAGGAAAGUAAAAUAAGGUGGGCCGGACACGUGAUGCGCUUUAAUGACAACCGUUGGACCAGAGCCGUGAGCGACUGGGUUCCCCGCGAUAUUAAGCGCACUACAGGAAGACCGCCGACCCGAUGGUCAGAUUUCUUCACGAAGUCCUUCAAAGAAAAAUAUGAUGCUCUUCGUGUCCCACGCGAAAGGAGGAACCACUGGGCUACUCUGGCACGCGAUCGGGACAAAUGGAAGAAUUACUGGCGUCCGCUCGACCAGUUCGAAGAUCAACGGGAGUCAAGGUGA